AUGAUCCGAAAAUUCUGCGUACGGUGCCCUAGACAAUGGAACAUCACGCCAGAGAUCAGGCGUACUGGAGCACCUAUCUUUGCUAAGCUCUCUGUCAUUCCAGUCAGGCAUGGGUAUUGGGGUAAGAAGAUCGGAAAGCCUCACACUGUAACUUGCAAGGUUACAGGAAAGUGUGGUAGUGUGCAAGUGCGUCUUAUUCCAGCACCCAGAGGAACUGGCAUUGUAGGUGCCCCUGUACCCAAGAAGCUUCUGCAGAUGGCAGGUAUUGAAGAUUGUUAUACAUCUGCCACAGGAUCAACUGGCACUCUUGGAAACUUUGCAAAAGCUACGUUUGAAGCCAUAGCAAAGACAUAUGGUUAUCUGACGCCUGAUCUCUGGCGUGAUGUGCCAUUGUCUAGGGCACCAUAUGCAGAAUUUUCGGAUCAUCUGCUGUGGAACCAUAAUGCCAAAGCUCUUUCUCUUAAUGAAUGA